AUGAUAACUUAGUAUAGAGAAUACAGAACAUUGAUUUAAAAUACUUAGAAUAUUUUAUGUUUAUCAGAAAGUCAAGUUUAAUAGAGUACUGUAACCAAAAAAAUUCUACUUUAUGAAAUAAUAAACAAACUUCGAUUGCAAUUUAUAACAUAUGUUAGCUAUGAGAAUAAGAUAUAGGAAUAAUAAAUUUAAGAUAGUUUUCUAAUUAAAGUAAUUUAUAAUGAUUAUAAUUAAUUUUUUAUUGGUACCUUAAUGAAGAAUGAUCAUUAUAGAAUUAUACUCUAGUACUCUUAAUUAACACUUGACUCUCUCACAUUCCCAUACUAUCAUGUGGACAAGGGUUGUCAAUUCAACUUUUCUGAAUUGGAUUAACAGAUAUAAAUUUAAUUGAAGUAGGAUGAAUCAAAAUACUUUAAAUGUCCUGUCUGUCAUGGACAGGGUCAACUUCUAUUAGAUUUUUAGUAUAUCAAAGAGGAAUAUUAUAAUAAAGAAAAUUAAUUUGCGAUUAAGAUGGAGGAUCAAUAGACAUUCAUAUUGCAGAAAUCAAGUUACUUCGAUUCUAUAUUGAGUAAGGAAUAGAAAUUAUUUGAAUUAUAAAAGCAAUUUAAUUCGAGAAUACUUAGUGAUAAUCAUAAUCAAAAUAAAUUUACGUUGUAAUUGAUUGAGAAUUUAAAUGCUUAAAGAAAUAAUGAAAUCUUUCAAAUUUACCGUAAAUCUCGUCAAGAAUAAUAACCUACUUUGAUAGGAGUAAUAAAUUUCAAAUUAAUUCUAUUUUAUCAUGCAUUUAAAAUUAAAAUAGAAUUGGAUCUCUAUGAUGAUACUAAUAAAAAUAAUAGAAUCAAACUUGCAGAUUUUCAAUAUGGCCAAAUGACUACUUAUCAAGUCUCAUUGAUUAACAAAGUUAUUUAUUUGGUUGUUUAACAAGAUAAAUUGUAUUAAUUAUAUAGAGGAAACUUCAAUCAAAUCUUCGAAGGGAAUUAGGAUAAACCCAUAUUUAAUGUGUCAAUAAUGCCUGGUUAUACAUUGUUGGGAGUAUCGAGAUUGUUUUAAUUUAACAAUCAUAUACUCAUGAUUGGAAGCAAAGCUGGUAUAGUGGUGAAGGACAAGAUUGAUGAGAAAGUCGCUAUGGAUGGGUAAUUAAAGAUUCCAAAGUUAACUGAAAACUCUUAAUUUGCUGCCAUUAAUAAUAGAUCAAUAUUGUUUGCGGGUAACAAUUAAAUAGAUAAAAGUGUUGGAAUCAUCAAAGAAUUAUUCUUUUCAGAAUCAAAAAUCAUUGAAACAUAAGAGAAUACUUUUAAAAUUCCAAAUUCUGAAUUAGAUUUCUCUUUGCUGAUUGAUGAUGCUUAUUAUUUGUUGAGCAGUGAGAAACUGAAUCAAUAAAAGGUUAAAGUCAUAUAAAUUACUGCAACAAAGGAUAGGAAUUUACUUACAAGGACCAUGAAAAUUAUAAAUCAUCAUAGCUAUCUGAAAGUUAAAAUCAUACCUACUACCAAUUUAAAAGUUGGAAGCGUUGUAUGUGCCAUGGUUGGAUUGACGUUUGAAAAUAGUUAAACCAUACUUCCUGGUGUUUUGGUGUUUAAUGAUAAGGAUAAUAUAAUUGAGAUUGAGCUUAUAUGA